AUGUUCAUCCGACCCGUCCUCUCAUCCUCGCUCGGCCAGGCGGCUCGCUCGAGUCUUCGAUCCAAGGCGCCUGCUGUGCGUCAGUACGCUACCGAGGCUGGCAAGCCUUCUUCGGGCGGAUCCAACCUGCCUCUGGUGCUGGCUCUCGGUGGUGUGGCUGGUAUCGGCGCAUGGUAUGGACUCGGUGGCUUCGAUGACCCCAAGAAGGCCGCCAACAAGGUACAGGAGAAGGGCAAAGAGGCUGCUGACAAGGCCAAGGGCGCCGUCGAGGGCGGUGCACUGAACAAGGACCAGUUUGUCGAGUUCACUCUCAAGGAGAUCAAGCCGUACAAUCACGACUCGGCUACGCUCGUAUUCGAGUUGCCCGAAGGCAAGAAGCCCGGCAUGAGCGUCGCAUCUGCCGUCGUCGUCAAGGCCGUUGAUGGUGGUGUCAAGGACGAUGCGGGCAAGGACGUCAUCCGCCCCUACACGCCCAUCACGUCGCCCGACACCGAGGGACACAUGGACUUCCUGGUGAAAAAGUACCCCGGCGGCAAGAUGACCACCUACAUGCACUCGAUGAAGCCUGGCGACAAGCUCGGCAUCAAGGGCCCCAUUGCCAAAUUCCCCUACAAGGCAAACGAGUUUGAGUCGAUCGGCCUGAUCGCCGGCGGCUCCGGUAUCACGCCCAUGUACCAGGUGAUUCAGGACAUCGCCUCGAACCCUUCGGACAAGACCAAGGUCACGCUGAUCUACUCGAACAAGACCGAAGAGGACAUCCUGCUGCGCGAAGAGUUUGACAAGCUCGCCAAGUCGGACGACCGCUUCACCAUUGUCUACGGCCUCGACAAGCUGCCCAAGGGCUUCAACGGUUUUGAAGGUUACGUCACGCCCGAGCUGGUGACCAAGCACCUGCCCAAGCCUGAACUCGCCAGCAAGACCAAGAUCUUCGUUUGUGGCCCUCCCCCGCAAGUCGAAGCUAUUAGCGGCGGCAAAGGUCCCAAGGGCAGCCAGGGCGAGCUCAAGGGAGUGCUGGCCAAGCUCGGCUACGAGGCUGACCAAGUGUACAAGUUCUGA